AUGUCGCAAGCGCCAGKUAGUUCAAGACUCAAGAACCACAUCAAUAAUACCUCCCAUUCCAACCCCAACAACAACAGCAUCCAUUCGCGGCGAGCGCCUCCCGGCAGCCUCGAUCUCAAUGGUCUGCCCACCAACUUCCCACCACCGCGCAUAAACGCAUACAUGGACUUGCCGUCACCGCGAGCGGGCGAAGUGCCGCCCGCACUUUCACCGCUGGAURCCUUUGCCAUGCAGUCGCGGUUGCUGGCCCGUCGUUUUGAGCAAGAGGCGCAGGAUGGGCGCAGGAUAAGUCGGCUGCCACCUGUGAUGGUGGCCAAGGAAAUGUCAAAUCGCCCAGGAUACUUCCGCAGCGCGAGCAAUGAGAGCAGGAUGAGCGAUUUGGCAGAGGGCGAGGGCGAGGACGGCGUGGGAGAACUCGCACAGCGCGGUCUUGAGACACGGCCAGCACAUGAUAAAACCCGCCCGGCCAGCCAAUAUCCCAUGAUUGAUCGCACGAGUGGAGUGCCAGAGACAGACGGUGAGAGUCAUCUGCCGCCCACACCCUUCUACGAUGCUGUGGAGCAGACCUCCUCGACCAAGAGUUCUCCCAGCUACUUUGGCAUGCCCCGAGCAUCAUCGCCUGAGCCUGUGGAUCCUAAAGUGGUAAACGUGCAGGCGCCCUCGCCCGGAGUGCCUAGCCUGACGGGCAGCGUCGACACCAUAUCUUCACAUCCACGCACGCGCACCAACGAUUCACAGCGAUCACAGCGGUCUGUCAACUCCGACCGUGGUGGUCUCGCUCCACCACAUUCGCCGCGUUAUCCAAAGUCGCCGCGGAGCUUUCAGAGCAUACGUUCAGUGCCACAUGAUAGUGGAGAUGAGGACGGACAGUCAUUGGGAGGAUCACAGCAUGUUUCAUCAGCACGAAAGUUCUCGGGCAGCAGCAACAUGUCCAGACCGCAAUCUCCAUUCUCACCCUGGCAGCAGCCGGCACACCGAUCACCUUCGAUGACAUCCGAGUACUCCAUGAGCGGUGGCUCUCAUCAUCCUCAGCGGCCGAGUGGUAACUAUAACAACUUUUCGCGGCCGAUGAGCGGCGCGAGCAGCAGACCUUCCCUCGAUGUAAGGCCUUCCAUGGACAGCCGAACUUCCUUCGAGGGACGGCCUGGGAUGCCUCAUCGGCAACCAUCAGGCGCGAGCAACAGCAGCGCAUAUCUCUCAUCCAAGUCCGCAUUAUCACGGAGUGGAUCUGGGGAUGAUGUAGAAACACCACACUCCGACGGUCUGCACACGCCCAAUGCAGGGAACUUUACAUUUCCCGGAGGUGCUACGCCGGGUGGAAAUUCGUCUGCUUCGUACAUCUAUGCAAAAUAUGCUCUACCACGCGGUAGACCUAUGGAGAGGGAUUCGACGGCGUUCAGAGAUUCUUGGAUACAGAAGCAGUUUGAAUGGGACAGACAACGCGAAAAGUCUUACCCUCAAAAUUCGCGUCACGAAAGAAAUCAGUCCGACACACAUCUGACCGAGCCCAAGGUAGUCCCUUCGACAUCAGGAUCAGACACGGCCCGGCCAGGUCGCGGAUUAGCACCAGCUUCUAGCGCUACACGCAGCCACUCAGCCGACCCUCGAGGGACAGAGCGGGCAAAAGCAGUACAUCGCGCGUCUCCCUCCGUUAAGACCGAGAGCACUGAUCGAACGAUUAAAGCUACACCCCUACAUCAGAAAUCUGCGUCGGUUGAACUCACUCCUGAAGAGCAUCUCGAGAUUGGCAUUGAGGCACAUGACUCGGGAGCGACCACAAAGUCAACAUAUCAUUUACGUCUUGCUGCGAUUGCCGGUCUCCCCACAGGCAUGCUUCUCUACGCUCUCGCAUGCAGACACGGGUGGGGCAUGAGACCCAACCAAGAGGAAGGUGUCAAAUGGCUACGAAAGGCGAUUGACAUUGCCGGGAAUGAUGUAGCCGAAGCGGACGAGAAGCUCACAGGUGCCAUCCGCAAGUCGCAAUUGAAGCUAAAUCCUGCGACAGACGCAGUCGAGCGGAAGAAGCGGAAAGCGCAGUAUGCCCUAGCCAUUUACGAGCUUGGGAACAGUUCGAUGAAUGGUUGGGGAUGUGCCAAGGAUAAGCCUCUUGCAGUGCGAUGUUACGAGAUUGCAGGUGCUUGGGGUGAUAUGGAUGCGCUUGCAGAGGCAGGCUUCUGCUACGCGCAAGGAGUUGGGUGUAAAAAGGAUCUCAAAAAGGCCGCUUCACUAUACAGGAAGGCUGCCGCUGGCGGAAUGUCCAUGGCUGGAAACAGCUGGAUUUACAAAGAUAAAUACAUGGAGGAGCCAGCGCCGGCGAAGGGUCAGCAGGAGAAGCAAAGGCCGGAUACUGCAGUCYCGAAGGAAUCGACAAAGAAGGGAGACGAGAAGCCCGCAGGACGAGCGCGGUCGAGAAGUAUUUGGAGGAAAGGCAAGGAUAAGGAGAAGGAUAAGGGGGCUCCCCCUCYUCUACCGCCGACAUCUAUUCCAUCCUGA